AUGCAGAAGUCCGAACGUCUCGUCCUUAGACUCGCCAUAUUUUCGCGGUUUCUCCUGAUAUCUCUAAUCGUCACAUGGAGAUUUCUCUACCCGCCCUAUGAUUCUUCAGCUCAACUUAACCCUAGCUGCCUCUCUUCGUCUUCGACGGCCGACGAUCUAUCUCAUUUGAAGGAAGCUGAUCGAGUCUUAUGGCCGCGGGCUGGGGCGGCGAUCGAGGGAAGCGUUGUAUGGGACAGUGUCUACUUUGUCAGGAUCGCCGAGUGCGGUUAUGAGUACGAGCAAACCUAUGCUUUUCUUCCACUCCUCCCCCUGUCUAUUUCCUUGCUUUCGCGAUCCGUUUUUGCUCCUUUGAUCCCUGUGAUUGGAUACAGAGCUGUGCUGGCGCUGUCGGGUUAUGUGCUGAACAACAUUGCGUUUGUUCUUGCUGCCAUUUAUUUCUACAAGUUAUCAUUUUUAAUAUUAAAGGACUCGGCAGCUUCCUUGCAAGCUUCUGUUUUGUUCUGUUUCAACCCUGCCUCUAUAUUCUACUCAUCAAUAUAUUCGGAGAGCCUUUAUGCGCUAUUUUCACUUUGUGGAUUAUUUUACUUAUUUUCUGGUUCAAAUUAUGUGGCCUUUCUCCUGCUUGGUGUGUGUGGUACAGCUAGAUCAAAUGGAGCCAUUCAUGCUGGUUAUUUUUGCUUCAAGGCAUUGCUUCAAGCUUAUGAUGCCAUCACCAAUAAAAAUAGCAUCAGUUUUGCUCUGCAGGCUAUUGUUGGUGGAGCCGCUUACUCAAUUUGUCUGUUUGUUCCAUUUGCUGCUUUCCAAGCUUAUGGAUACUACAAUAUCUGUGUUUGUGCUUCGAAUGGGUUGAGACCAUGGUGCAACUCAAGAGUACCUAAUUUGUAUGGUUAUCUUCAAAGUCAUUACUGGGGAGUUGGCUUCUUAAGGUAUUUUGAAGUGAAGCAGCUGCCCAAUUUUCUUCUCGCAUCUCCCAUAUUGGCUAUUGCCAUUGCCUCAGUUAUUUAUUAUGCAAGCUUAUUGCAGCAAACUCUUCAGUCAUACAGAAUGGCUUCUGAUUCUAUGACAGAUCCACAUGGGAAAGAUAAUUGUCAAGAAAUAAUAUAUUCAGAUAAUAGUUCUGCUUCUGUGGAGUUCAAAGGAAAUCAUAAAUUACAAAGGAGGAAAAGUGCGUUUAAAGCAAGCGCUUCUGAGAAGUUUCAUUAUGCGAAGCAUGAAAUGGAUUCUUUCAUUAAAUUUAAGCAAGGAUACUGUUCAGUCUUGGUUUUCCCAUUCAUUCUUCAUCUGGGGUUCAUGACAUUUAUUGCAUUUUUUGUAAUGCACGUUCAGGUGGCUACAAGAUUUUUGUCUGCCAGCCCACCUAUUUACUGGUUUGCUUCAUAUGUGAUGCUCUCUCCAGGCACUACUUCAAGAAGAGUAGGUUUUGUGAUUUGGUCUUACUCCAUUGCUUACAUUCUUCUUGGUAGUCUGCUCUUCUCAAACUUCUACCCAUUCACAUGAUAAAUAGAUUAAAAAUUUCUCUCUUCGAGAUUACGAAUGGCUUGAUUGACAUUGGAAGCUAUAUCAGUUAGCGCUCAAAAAAUCAUUUUUCAACGAUAUUGAUGAAAAACUCAUUUUGUUUGAAAGCUUAGAGCUUUGCAUAUCUUUGCUUGGGGAAAUUAUUCUACUCCGAAUGUAGAGGAUCGUCUGGAUGUUACGUAUGGACUGCGUAUGAACUGAGUAUGGACAGUGUAUUUAUUGUGUAUUUGUAGAUAUGCAGCAAAUACUAAGUCAAUCAUUAGUUGUGAGUAUUUAUUGAGUAUUUUUUGUAUGUCUAUAAAUACGCAGGCUAUAUACAGUCCAUACUCAGUUCAUACGCAGCAUCCAGACGAUCCUCUACGUUCAGAGUCUGCAUAGAAUAAUUUCUCCUUUGCUUGGUAGCUGAUAGCAUAUGCGGUUUGUGAGAUCUUGUAGUGUACAGAUCAUGGCUUUUAUUACUUGUGAAGCCUGAUGGGAGAUGAAGGCUACAGCUGAAAAGCCAUUUAUAUUCUGGAUUUCAAUAAUUUGGCUUGUUAGAAUAUAGACUGUAGAAUGGUUGCAAGAGUGGGUACUACACUGCCCAAUCAACAGACCAAUAAAACUAUAAAAUGGUCUCUACUCUACGAUAGUAAUAUGUGGAAUGCUUGGCCCAAAAUCUCAAAGGGUGCUGAGUUGGAAUACCAUUCUAAGGAUUCUUGUGGUCUUCGUCUUCUGAAAAAUCUAGCUACAGGAGAACUGUAACAAAGAGCUCUCCCCCCUUUUCUGCCUGACUCUUUGGUCUUCAGAAUGCUGGUUUUAAGAACGAGUGAUUGUCCUUCUCAGACCCUUACUGCCCAACCGGAGAGCGGACAGCUAAUGCCUUCCACUUAUUGAACAGGGUCUAUGGUCGGUCCGUGACCCCUGGAUGCCGAAGGCGUCCUUGGGGCGAUCUCGCAGUUUCUACGGGGUGGAGACGAUGGGGUCGGUCCAUGGAUUUUCCUUCCUUUUGCCACAUUUCGCUCAAAGGGUUGAACUAUGUAAUAGGCUGCUAAGCGUUUACCCAGUAGAAUUCCUCAGCCUUUACUAUGUCUAGUGGGUUAUAUCAAUCUUGUG